GUAACUUGUUAACGAAGAAAUACUCGUGGCAGCCGGCUGCCGGAAAUAAUUAUGAUUAGUUCUAGAUUUAGUUUGUUUUAAUAAUAUACUCAUCUGUACUUCUAGAAGCAACGAAACUCUUAGAAAUGAAAACUAACUGUAUUUGGGAGAAAUUUUCUCAGCGAUAAAGAAUGUAGUAAUAUUUUCUUGAUCAAUGCUUCAAGAUUGGACGAAUCAAGAGCUGGAACGUUGUAGCAGAUAAAAUUGUAAACGCUCGGAAGCUCCAUCCAACAAAAUCACGAAACCUCAUACUUCUCGGUGGCGCUCCAACCAACCGAACACAGCAUAGGUAUUUCUCUGUCGGUGUUCUACCUUCGCACAUACAAAGAGAAGCGGUGUGGAAAUUGUCGCCAUUUGACAGACCAAACGAGCGACGAAAAUUUUGACAAUGAUGAUGGUGACGUUCAGACUGAAGCUAGUCAAAAUCGAAAGGUUCAAUCGGUGUCCGUACUGGUAACCGGUGGAAUUGAAACAGCUAAAGGAUACUGCUGGAUCCGGGUCGAGUGUGUUUUCUUUCCAACCCACCAACAAAGUUCUUUUGGAAACGCAAAACAGGAAUAAUGGAAGAUGCUGUUUGUAUUCGUGUUUUUUCCCAUUCCCAAUGCUACGUCAAAUGAAGUGUUGGCCGACAAUUGUGCUCAGUGAAGAAGAAAUGAUUACACAACAUCCUCAUCUCCAUGGAAUUUGAGUCUGCUUCGGUGACUGGAUGAAAAAUCCGCAGCCAACAUGAAGAGAUUCAAGUAAUGCCGUGAAACUAUCUACCGAACUGCAAGAGUACAGGGCAAAACUAUUGAAUCACCGGAAGGAAGGAACCUUCAAAAUAGUGAGUCAUUUCGAGUAUUGAUUUUGAGAAGAGGUUCUAGAAAUAAUUUCAAAAGUGUUAGUGCGACCAUCAGUCGAAAAUUUUGUCGCGUGUUCUUAGUCGUGGAAAAUUAAGGAAAAUCACAGAGAAAAGUGAACACCGGUUGAAGGUAGUGGCAGCCGCAGCAGCAGUCUUGGUGCCUUCUGGCACUUGUGCUGUCAACUCACCGAGCUGAAAAAAAACCUUAACGACCGACCACGAUAGAAAGUGUGUCUGUGCCGAAGAAAAACUAGCCUCUGAAGUGUUUACACGUCACUCUCAGAAUAUCCAACUACAAGAAAAACACGUGGUCGUGAAACCCUAGAAUUUUGACAGGACACAAUGGAAGCAUUGUCCCUGACUUGAAGCAGUGUUCAUCGAUCACCAUUAACUAUAUCGAGUAACUUAGGUUACUGGAAGAAAGUGAAACGCCUCUUCGACACCACCAGGAAAAUAUCGACCGUGCGGAACGGAACUUCUGGAGAACAUGGAAGGUUCUGGCGAUGGAUCACCACAAUCGUCGAUGUGUAUGGUAAAAGCAGCUGAACUCUUCCCGAAACCAGUACUCGAGAAGGAGGAAGACAAGUUAAGCGUACGAUUCACUGAAUUGGCCGGUGAAUCCGUCAAAUAUCUCGGUCAAACCGACGACGGUGUACUGGCACUGUCCAAUUACCGUUUGUUCCUGCUGAAAAACUCAACCGGAGCGGAGACUUCCGUACCGUUGGGACUGAUCGAGUCUACCCAAGUGCGCGAUCUGUUCCAUCUGAUCGUCAACUGCAAGGAUGCCAGCACAGUAAAGUGCUCUUUCCUAACAUCGGAACAGUGUUCCGAAUGGCAACGACGGAUAACGCUCUCGAUCGGUAUCCCGGAGACACUGGAAGCACUCUUCGCCUUUCCAUUCCAUGCGUGGGCCUCGGAAUCUCCGACACUGAACCAGGAUAACGAAUGGUACGGUCGAUUGCAGCGUGUCGGAAACUACGACGAUGACUUCCGGAAAGAGGUCGAGCGACUGCAGUUCGAUCUGCAGGGUGCCUGGCGCAUUAGUCAUGUCAACGCCGAAUUCAAACUGUGUCCUUCGUAUCCAAGACUGUUGCUCGUUCCGGCAUGCAUAUCGGACGACACACUGCAGAAUGUUGCAAGUUUUCGAAGCUCGCGAAGGAUUCCAGCAGUGGUCUGGAGGCACGAACGAACCGGAGCAGUGAUUGCGCGCUGCAGCCAACCGGAAGUCGGUUGGCUUGGCUGGAGAAAUUCCAAAGAUGAACAACUACUGAAAGCUCUCUCCGAUGCCUGCGCGUUCGAUCGUGGUACGCAGGGUUCCCGAACGCGUCACAACUCAACGGCAUCCAGCGAAAGCAGUCCACCAAGUCCCGAGGGAAGCCACGAGGAGGUGGAAAUGGAUGAACCGAAAAAAAUUCUUAUUGUCGAUGCACGAUCGUACACUUCCGCGGUAACGAACCGUGCCCGCGGUGGUGGAUGCGAAUGUGCGGAAUACUACCCGAGUGCGGAGAUUCAGUUCAUGAGUCUGGGAAACAUACACGUGAUUCGCAAGAGUUUCCACGCUCUGAGACAGCUCUGUUCGUCACAAUCAGAUAUACCAAACUGGUUGAGUCUUUUGGAGCGCACGAUGUGGCUACAACACAUGUCCGGACUACUGGCGGCAUCGAUGGUCGUAUGUCAUGCCAUCGAAAGAAGUGGGCGUCCCGUACUGGUACAUUGUUCCGACGGAUGGGAUCGUACUCCUCAAAUUGUAGCAACUGCUCAACUUUGCCUGGAUCCAUACUACCGUACCAUCGAAGGCUUUCGGGUAUUGGUGGAACGGGAAUGGCUUAGUUUUGGACACAAGUUUGCCGACCGUUGUGGGCAUGGACCGGGAUCGGAUGAAACUAAUGAACGGUGCCCGGUAUUCCUUCAAUGGUUGGAUUGUGUUCAUCAAAUCCACCAACAAUUUCCAUGCAGUUUUGAGUUCGACAUGGGUUAUCUGAUCAAACUGGCUCAGCAUUCCCAUUCGUGCUUAUUCGGAUCGUUCCUGUGCAACACCGUGAAAGAACGGCUGGAAAACAGUGUUCCAGAUCGAACCUUUUCCGUUUGGCCUUUCAUCUCUGGACCAAUGUACAAGAAUCAUUUAUAUGUGCCGAACCGGGAACGAGUUCUGUGGCCUGCACACAGCGUACGAGAUUUGAGACUAUGGACUGAAGUUUACCUGGGCAGUUGGGGUGGAAAUCAAAGCUCGGCCGACUAUCCGGCGAAUGGCGACGGUGUCAGCGGGCAGGAACUUAACGGCUCAAUGACCAAAACGCGCUCCUACGGUGAUCUUAUGACCGGAGUGAACGCAGGAGGACUGACCAGAAGAUCGAGCGAUCCCAACAUGACAGUCGAUUCGAGUAUUCUUGCCGGAUCGUUAAACCUAUCCGCGGAGAACUCGAUCGAUUCCAACAUGUCCUCGGAUCGGGAAAUUUCACCCGAUCUGAUUGAUCACCACACGAGCUCGCUGGCCAUGAUUCAGCACACGACCCAGAAGCUGCAAAGUUUAACUCAGGAGCUAAACCAGUCCGACGAGGAACUGGAACACAACAUCAAAAAUACAAAACGGGAAGCGAUCGACCGGCAGUGCUCGGCGAUCACCAGCGAAAUUAAUACGUCUAGUCUUUUUAUUAAUGGAAAUAGUGAUAGCUACAAUUUUAAGCCAAUUGUUCCUGAACAGCCCACAAGAACGGUCGUUCCUCAGUCGAGCACUCCACCUCCGGCGAGCCAGAGGCAUCAUCAUCUGGUGGAGAUCGACGAGAACACGUCGCGGAUUGUCAAAAUCGAGAGCUAUCUCGAUGACGUCGUCGAUGGGCGACACAAUGUCGUCCGGGGCGCCAAACCGAUUCCCGCUUCCGACGCGAUCGGUCUCGGUUCGACUGAUAUGAUGGAGAGUGUAGACUUGAGCGGAAAAUCCCCUUCGCCACCGACGGUAGCGCCAUCGCCGCAGCACACCAGUACAAACCUGUGGCAUGGUUCGGUCGAAACUAGUACCGACACGUUGGUUCCUCUGGAUCAGUAUCCGUCGCCGAAACGUAUCAACAAGCUCAGCGAAGGUAGCCUGGAAUCCGACUGUGUGGACCUGUCGGAAUCCGGUGCGGCACCGAACCCUGCGAUAGACUCUGCGGACAACGGCAGUUUUGCCGAUGGCGUCACGACAAGCGUCAACCUGGACGAUAGUAUUAGUUUGAAUCUAGUAGCUAGUAGCAACGGUAGACAUGACCAACACAAAGACUUGAAUGUUAGUAAUGGAAGCGAUUUUACGGCAAGUACUAUUGCUGCCUCCCAGACUGGUGAUAGUAACGGAUGUGAUCUAUUUAGUGAUAGUAAAGAUUAUGAUAGGAAAAAUUACAAUCAUGGUUUAACCAAGAACGAAACUAAUCAAAAUUCUAUACCAAAAGAGCAGGUCGAUAGUCGACUAAAAAUUGUUAUCCCAGAUGCGCAAACCGUUGGAGCUCGUACUAUUACCAAUUCCACGCCGAUUAAACCACCAGCACUAGCAAAUGGUUCAGAGAGUAAGAGAAUGAAAAGCUUAAACCCGAUGGACGAGAGUAUCAUCAUCCAGCCACAGUUCCAACAGUUGGAAAUCAACGGGAAGCACCCGACUGAAACCGGCCCAACAAUGUACUCUCAGCCUGUGUAUGGUCUUUACCAAUAUCACCACCAUAAUCAUCAUAGUCAGAUGAGCUACACUGCAGGCAGUCAACAGAUUCAACUACAACAUCAACAGGCACCUCUGUCGGCGCCGCAUCAUCAACCACAAAAUCAACGACGAAGACGUAACUCAUCCAAUUCGAAAAACGAUAUGAGCCCCAACAAACCAACUAAUGGAAGUAUAUCCCCAAGUGCCACAAAUUCUCGCUUCUCGACGCCGGGUGCCCGCUCACUGCCACUGACACCACCGAGCGUACCGUUUUCAUCCGAGCGUCCGCCGGUAGCCGCCCUUUCUUGUCCCGAUGGCUUGGCCCAUGCUCUAUCGGAGCAAAACCUGCGGUUGCAGCAGAUCGUCUACGAGCACAGGCUCCGCGAAGAGGCUUUACAGCGAGAACUGUACGCUACUCGGUUGGCUUUGCUGAAGAAAACCUGUCACAACUGUAACAACCAGCAGUACGGUAACGAUGAUCCGGUUUACGUUAUCCGUGGUGAGUGUGAUGACGACUUUCGGCUAGAGUCAGGUUUGAUCGGUAGUGCAACUGACCUUGAACUAGUUAGAAUGAACCAUUAUGACACACGCAUAAUGACGACAAUGAUGAUGAUGAUGACGACGAAAUCUCUUACGAAUAGGAAGGGAACAGAUGCCUUCGAAGAUGAGGGUAUUGACCGUAAGGAUACUUUUCAAAUGCUUAGAAACCACUGGCAACUCUAUCGGGGUACUAUUAGCCGUAAUGAUCGCGUCUGUAUCAUUAUCCGCAAGCUACUCGAAAAAGUCAAACGGAAACGUGGCAACCGUUACGACGGGAACACCAUUUGUGGCCAUAACGAUUCGGUGACAUCCAUGGUCGAUUCGAUCAUAGAAAAUGCAUCGAACUGUUCCUGGGAGGCAGUAGACGACCGCAGUGCCCCGUCCUCAGGAGCGAAUUCAUCCCAGCAAAUUACCAGUAGCGUUCUGUGGGUACCAGACCACGCCGUAUCACGGUGUACGACGUGUCAGAUCGAGUUUUGGCUAGGACGGCGAAAGCAUCACUGCCGCUCUUGUGGACAAAUAUUCUGUGCCGAUUGUUCGGAGUAUUGGGCACCACUGCCGGAUGAGAAACUUUUUCAACCGGUUCGAUUAUGUGGUCCUUGCUACCAAAAUGUCGGUGGAAAAAUUUCUAACAGCAGUCUUCAACCAACAACGAGUGGUAGCGUAAUUGUAAAUAAUAGCAGUAUCAGCAGCCAACAUAGCGGUUGCAUGAAUGGAAGUGUUUUAUUAGCUACCAAGCAGCACAACGGAUCAUCAUUACCGGCGGUUAUCCAAGAAGCAAACAAUAACACCGUUGCGGUUGCACUGAUGAGUUCCCUCGGUACACCCGCAGCAAGUGGCUUAUCAACUAGCUUGGAGAACUGCAAACACAACAACUCAAUUACCAGCACGUCUUGCAGCGCUAGCGCCAACAGCAACUCCGACCGGGGGACUUGCAAAGCUACCACAGCUACCAACUAGAGUCGCCGUACUGUUAUACCUCGUCCCAUGUAAGUUCUGUUAUUACUUUUUUAUUUCACUAUUUAUAAACUAUUCGUUCUACCGUU